AUGUACGACCAAGAAACGGAUGAACGGGGCUAUUUUGUGUACAAAAACCGGUACAACGGGAAGCAGGAGCACGACAAUCCGAACCUUCUACUAAUUCUUCUAACGAUCAACGAGAAGCACGCUGCUUCACGGUACAGCACCUAUCGUUGCGCCAGCAAGUUGUAUGAGUUACAGAAAGCUCUCAACACUUCGACAAUUCCAUUUGAUUUAGUGUGCUCGAUUUUGAAACAACACCAGUUAAACCUUAUCGACAGUGCACCAUCGGUGAAACCAGCUCAACUUACGGCUGCCAUUCACGACAUUUUUUACGCUGCAAACCUAGUAGGGUGCUUCAGAGAGUUGUCAUCGGUCCUGAACACAGAAACAGCCAUCGCACUAUUGGCAAGCUUCUUCUGGGCCGUCUUUGAUCCUCGCCGAACGACACCGAUCUCUGUCCUCGAGCUGCGCCAAACGUUUUUGCUGCUGUGCGAUCAUGCGGCUGUCCAGGAGCUGAUAUGGGAGCACUUUCGUUUGACGAGCGAUCACAAUUUAUGUGUGUCGCGACAUCGUUUUGAAAUCAUGCUCGGAGUGUUGUCGAAAAUUCUGGCCUUCAUUGGCGAACCGGAUCACCUUCGCCCGGCGAUGGUACAGCAAAUUACUAACGAAUGUUUCGCCAACUAUCCCGGAACUAUCGGGCUGACCGAGUAUCAGUUUUCGUGUUUGUGGAAGCUAUCGUCGCUUUUCUCCUACUACGCCAACGUAGUUUCGCUGGGCAGACGGCUGCGGGAUUCGGAGAACGUACUUCAUGGUAUACAAUGCACCGCUUGCCGCUUUCCAAUUCGGGGACUCCGCUUCCAGUGCCAGCGAUGUCUCGGGGUAUCAUUGUGCAUCGAGUGUUUUAGCGCUGGCUACACUAAUAAGCGACACGUUUUGACACAUAAAAUAUUCGAGAUCAACAGCACCGAAGGAAACGAGCGCUCGCGAUGUGGUGGCUGGUUUUCGUUGAUAGGGCACUGGCUGGCAAGCAAGGAGAAGGUCCUACGCGAACCGAAUCCAUCGACGUUCGACACAAUCGGUGCGAAGCUGAUUGACACUAAGUCUGUGGAGUUGAUAGAGUCGCCGGAUCCGACAGAGGACAAAGCUGGUGCAACAGAAACGAUGCUGCCAGGCAGUUCCGUAUCCCGUGUUGUUAGCUCUACGUUGACCCGCAACCUGAGCGGCUUUAGCGCGGACGAGUGUGCUGAUUUCAGCAAUGUAAAGCAGAAACAGUUACUCACAAAACUGAUGAGCGUGACUAAUGCGAUGGAAGAACAAUCUGAACAUUACACAAAAGUGAUCACAGAGUUGAGAAAGGAGUUGACGGUCGACGAACAGCAGCGGACAGCUGGCAUUUACGCUUGCAUCGAUGAUUAUGUUCGCAGUCUUGCAGACAAUCUUGUGCAGUUAAAACGGAUCAAUGCGCAAAUGAAAGGUAGAACUCCGCCGAGUUGUAGUACGCCUUAUCGUCACGGUGGCGGCAAUGGUACCGGUGUUCGUCUUUCCACUGAAACGGAUACUCGCAAAUCAAAACGCGCCAACACAAAGCUUAACAGGACAGAAUUUUCGAUUCGCGAUAUCAGCACCUGGUUUCACAUCGAUCAACCCAUGGCAGGCAAUGAGAGGGAAAGAGCACCUCGUACCGCAGCAUCAAACGAAACUUCGACAGUUGAAGGUAACCAAAUGGUGGUCACAAAUCGCCCCGUUGACGAACUUCCACGGAGCACCGAACGGCAGAAAAUUGAUACGGAUCUGGUGAACUUUCGGGAUUUGCUACAGAAUGUGCGCGAAAUUAUUGACGACCUGUACAGCGACAAUGUUGAGCUGGCUCACACGACGCAGCAAAUCGAGAUAGCGCUUGAUCGAAUCAUCGCAGACGAGGAGCUAAAGCAAACGAACAACGACGAUUAGUUUGCUUAAUAACAUAAGUAAUUGUAUAUGUUUUCGGCAAUGGGGCACACAACAACGAUCAUGAUGUU